AGAGAGAGCAAGCAUGGCUGACGGAGUCGCGUUACGGAAGGACGAAGAGGCGGUGCUGCUCCUCGAGAAGGCCCACUACCGGCACGACCCGCGCUGGCUGCUGCCCGUGUCGCCGCGCCUCUGCCUGGCCUGUGCGCUGGAGCUGCUGCCCGAGCCGGGAGUGGCGUUGGUACGCAAGAAGCAUCUGCUGUCCUGCUUUGGGGAUGCCCUCCUGAGACACACCUCCCUGGUCACACAGCUGGUGGCUCAGGACCAGAGAGUCUGCAUCCAGUUCAUACGCAUACUUUUUGGACUGUUAUGCAGUGUGGAAGAUGGGAGCGCAACAAACCUCUGUAUUGAAGUCCUUACCCAGCUCAUGAUGCAGCUGAAGUUGGAGCAGACCAUCCAGUGCCUGCUGAGUGAGUGCCACAAAGAGCUGAGUAACAUGCCCUCCAUGCGAGGCAGCCUGGCCACUCUCACCCUUCUUGGCAAGUUGGUGGAUGCCAUCCCUGCCCUGGCUGACCAGCUGGUGACUGAGCAUGGCAAACUGAUGGAGCAUCUGUUGCGAGGCCUGGUGUACCCCAAUGAGGGAGUGCAGGCUUCCGUGUGCUACCUCUAUGGGAAGCUCUACUCCUCCCCGCUGGCAGCAGAGCUGCUUUCAGGCCACUUCCGAGAGAAGCUGUAUCCCCUCUUCCUUUCUACCCUGGAUGUUGCCCAGACAAAGGAACUACAGAUCAACUGCUUAGGUUUGCUGAGGCAGCUGCUGAAGUAUGAUCUUUUUGUCUCAAUUAUCAUGGACAAGUCUGCAUUGGCCAAAAGUGCUGGAAAUGACGGGGGACCACCUGGAGAGACCUCACUGCCCUUGGUGCUGAAGAAGCUACUCCUAUCUAGAGAUGAGACCUUGCAGGUAGCCAGUACUCACUGCAUAACCGCUGUGCUGGUCCACUGCCCGGCAAAGUACGCCCUGGCCUUCAUCCACGCUGACGUCCCAGAGUUCCUCUUUGAACAUCUUUCCUCUUCCAACGAAGCACUUGUCUGGUCCAGCUGCAGCUGCUUGAUCCUCCUGGCUGAAGAACCACUCUUCUUUUCCAAGUGCCACACGGUGUAUGGGAUUGAGGCAGUGGUGAGAAGCCUGCAGGAAAGCCUGCGGAUGAACAACACGGAGUUGCACAAGCAAGGCCUGCUGCUCUUCGCUGAGAUCCUGACUCGGCAGCCAGAGGAGAUCAAGUUGUUCACAAGCUCAGCCCUCUGCAGGGAUGCUGGCCGUGCCCUCCGCGAGGCCGUGAGCAGCCCCGUGCUGGAGGUGGCCGCCGAGGCCGUGAGGGCCACCUGUGCUUUUCUGAGGAAGGAUCACCAGAGCGCCCCACCCGUGCAGUACAGGGAGCUGCAGGCCUUGCUGGAAGCCAUGCUGAGCCGGUGUGUGGAAUUCUCCCAGGUCUCACUCAACAGAAGGUCCCUGGGCCACGGUUACAGCCGGGAUUCUGAGAAGGCCAUUUUCCGAAGGGGGACAUUCAUCCUGAGCACUCUGGAGGGGUUUAGAAGUGCCUGCAGGUUGGCUGUGGAAUUUCAGAAUGAGCCUUUGGCCCAGGAGAAUCCAUUCACAGCCCCAAGCGCCGAGAAAGAAGACACCCUGGAGGCCUUCUCAGAAUUCCUUCUCAGCUCCUGUGACUCUCUGUGUAUCCCCAUGGUGCUGAGACACCUGGAGCAGGCCACUCAGCCGGCCCUGGUGGAAGUCUUCUUCUCGAUUCUGCACAGCCUGUUUGUCAUUGUUCCCCACAUGAAGGAGAAGUUCUCUGAGAAACUUGCCGCCUCCUCUUUCAUACAACUGACCCUGGAGCUGAAGGCUGUGUUCUGCAGUGGCCCGAGCUACUCAGCCCUGAACCAGGUGUGUUCCAGCUUCCUCUACUACAUGUGCCUCAACCUGCUGUCGGCUCCAAAGAAGACAGAACCGCCUUCCCAGGAAGAACUCUCUGCGGUAUCUGAGCUCCUGCAGCACAGGCUGUCCCAGAUAAGCAGCAGGAGCCUGGAGAGCCUGGCCUUCCUGUCCGACCGCCAGUACGUGGAGGGAGCUGCUCGCCAGAAACAGUACUGCAUCCUGCUCCUCUUCUACCUGGCCCACGUCCACGAAGACAGAUUUGUCUCGGAGGCGGAGCUGUCUGUGGCCGUGCAGAGCUUCCUUCUGUCCCUGCAGGACCAGGGGGAGUGCCCUCCGCUGACGGUCCUCAAAGCCUCCAUCUAUCUGCUUGCGGUCUGCCAGGUACAGGACAGCGUGCUGGAUGAGGUGGUGGUCAGCGCAAUCCGGAAGUUCCUGGAAGGCCUUUUAGAUCUGCGCCUAGUGUACACCCACCACCCACUCCUGCUCUGCUUCUUCCUGUCGUAUCCAGAGCUGAUGAGCAGGUUUGGGCAGCGUGUCCUGGAACUUUGGUUCUCCUGGGAAGAGAGCUGCUGUGAGGAACUGGAUGAACUCCCAACUGGGCCAGAGCCCACCCUGCCUGCCAGCUUAGUCACUCUGUUCCAGAUACUCCGAAGUCACCCCAGCAUCCUGCUUAUUCUGCUGGACCUCAUCUAUUCUAGCCCAGUGGACACAGCCCGCAAGGUGCUGGUCGCCCUGAGGACCUUCCUGCGGAGGAACGAGGAUGUCCAAGUGGGGGGUCUCAUCCGAGGCCACUUUCUGCUCAUCCUGCAGCACCUGCUGGUGGAGCACGGGGCCUGCCCCUCAGGAGCCUCAGGGAACCUGCCGUUGCUACUGAGCCUCCUCUCCUUGGUGCAGCUGAGGAGCAAGGCAGAGCAAGAGCUGGACAGCAUGGCCAUGAAGCUACUUCACCAAGUGAGCAAGCUGUGUGGGAAGUGCAGCCCCACAGACGUGGACAUCCUCCAGCCCUCCUUCAACUUCCUGUAUUGGAGCCUUCAGCAGACUACGCCCAGCAGUCAGAAAAGAGCGGCUGCCGUGUUCCUGAGCAGUACGGCCCUCAUGGAGCUUCUGGAGAAGAUGCUGGCCCUUACCUGGGAGGAGACGGACACGCCCAUGACCACGCUGCUCUGCUCUGCCUGGCUGCUCACCGCCUCCUUCUCUGCCCAGCAGCACGAAGGCAGUUUGCAGGUUCACCAGACGUUAUCUGUGGAACUGGACCAAGUCCUGAAGGCCCUCAGCUUUCCAAAGAAAACAGCUGCACUGCUCUCAGCUGCCAUCUUAUGCUUCCUGCGCACGGCCCUGCAGCAAAGCUUCUCCUCCGCCCUGGUGGUCCUGGUGCCCUCAGAGACCCGGCCGCCACCCACCCCUGGGGAUGCUGUCCUGGCUCCUCUGGGAACAUCCCAAGUGCUGUCCUUGCUCAUUGGGCUGCAGAACCUCCUGGUGAAGAAGGACCCUGUAUUGUCCCAGGCCUGUGUUGGCUGUCUGGAGUCCUUGCUUAACUACCUACAUGCCCGGAGCCCAGACAUCGCCCUGCACGUGGCCUCCCAGCCCUGGCAUCGAUUUUUGCUGGUUACCCUCCUGGAUUCUGGAGAGAAUGCCUUCCUGCAGCCUGAGGUCUUGAAGCUCAUGACCCUGUUUGUGCGGUACCAGAGCAGCAGUGUCCUGUCUUGCGAGGAGGUGGGUCUCGUUCUGCAAGGCGCGGCUGUGGCUGACCCGUCCACCCUGUCCAGCAGCACGCUCCAGGCCCUGCGUGGUUUCUUCUUGCAGGUCCAGAGCAUGGGCCUCCUGACUGACCACAGCACAGCCAAGACUCUGCAGGCCCUUCUGGAGGGCCUUUGUCCUGCUGCCUCCUCUGCCCAGCCACCUCCACCGGACAUGCUGUAUCCUUUCUUACAUUGAGCAGGGUCCCCAGGCCAUGGGAG